AUGGGCUCUCAAGCGUCCUCAUCACUAUAUCAGUUUGAACUCCAUACUCACAUCUCGCCCCUGAUUUUAGUUCGUUAUGAAAAAAUCAAGUUCCUGGUCAUCGCCUUGAGGAGCGCUGUGGAGGUCUACGCCUGGGCUCCCAAACCCUAUCACAAGUUCAUGGCUUUCAAAUCGUUCAGCUCGCUGCCUCAGAAGCCGCUCUCGGUCGACCUGACGGUGGAGAACGGACAGAGGUUAAAGGUCAUCUACGGCUCUCACUUUGGCUUUCACGCUAUCGAUGUGGACUCUGGGACCCCCUUCGAUCUCUACCUGCCCAGUCAUAUCCAAGGUGUGAUUCGGCCGCAUGCCAUCAUCAUCCUCCCCAGCAGCAGUGGGAUGGAGCUGUUGCUGUGUUACGAGGACGAGGGCGUCUAUAUUGACACCUAUGGACGCAUCACCAGGGAGACGGUGCUGCAGUGGGGAGAGAUGCCCGCCUCCGUGGCUUAUCUUCAGUCCAAUCAAGUGAUGGGAUGGGGAGAGAAAGCCAUCGAGCUGAGAUCUGCCAAGACGGGCAGUCUAGAGGGAGUCUUCAUGCACAAGAAGGCUCAGAAGCUCAAGUUCCUGUGUGAGAGAAACGAUAAAGUGUUCUUUGCGUCGGUGCAGUCCGGAGGAAGCAGUCAGAUCUACUUCAUGACUUUAGGACAGAACACUCUGUUCAGCUGGUGAUGAUCGUCCACUUCCUGUGUUCACAUGUAAACCUUAUAGAUGUAAAAUAGGUGAUAUAUUGUUGUCUGACAGGGUCAGCCUUUGUCUCGAUCUGUGCUUAAAACAUAAAUCUUGAUUUGCAUUGUCCUUUGAAGCUCUUCUUACCACGUCAUGUUGAUGUUUUGUCCCUGAUAUAAUAAACCCUGCUGGUACACGGUGAAGCCCAUGCUAACAUCCUAGCAUCUCUCCAGGGAAAUACUGCACGCCCACAUUUCACGACAGAAUCAUCCGGUCAGCUUUCAGUUCUACAGAUUAUCUUAAUCUGUUUUUUGUUCUUAUAGCUCUCGUCCUGAACGUAACUGAUGAUCCGAGGCGAUCGAGCUCUUUUUAACUGAUUGGUAUCAGAGUGUCCUCAGUAUUCAGUGAAAGCUUUGUUUGAGUUUGGUUUCUCUUUCUUGUGGUUCUUUAACAUCUCGACUGAGCUCAAGGAUCCACAUCGAUGUCUGUUUAAUCUGUCUCCUGUUAGCAUGUAGCUCUGAAACCUUUCUAUUGUUUUAGAGGUUAAAAGUAAUAAAAGUGAGUCCAGGUUGUGUGUGGAAGUGAUCCGAAGGUGAUUCUGUUGUUAACCUUAAAUGAGGAACUCCAAGAAGAGCAGCAGGAAGCGGACGAGGAUCUUCUGAAAGCCAGAGGUGUGGAGAUGUUUAGACUGACAUGAUUAAUACUUUCACUGUUUCACAGACACUAGAGCGUCUUCUGAGAGAUCAAGUCCUCUUUCUCUUUUCCUGCAGUGUUUCCUCAAGCGUGCCUUAAUGUGCUCCGAGCGCCGUCUGUGACACCGCCUGAAUGUAAAAAAACUUCUUUGGGUUUUGCUUCAGCGUUAAAAUGUCGGUUUCUGUAUUUCACUUUUGAAUGCUGCACAUUAACUACAGAGAAUUUAUUUAAUUCAAAGCUUUUUUUCUUUGUAAUAGUGUCACUUGGCUGUAUAUUUCCUGUACUGUACAUAUUCCUAAAUACAGUUUGUUAUCAAGCACUAUAGGAAGCUCUAUAUACUCCUCAGUUAUGGGUUUGACUGUAACAGCAUAUACAGUGAUCUGUGUGUCACGUGAAGAACGGAGACAAAUAAAAGCUUUAAGAAUCAA